UUUGGAUAUUGACUUAAAACUAAAUAAAUAAAUAAAAGAUAUUUUGUUUUUCACUGCUCCACUUCUUUGUCACCGCUGUCUUCCUGUCCAAAUGAAGCGAAAAUGAAAGUGAAGAACCGACCCGCUGCAUCCAAACGCAAACAUGCAAGAAUCUAAGAGUCAAAAGAUCGAAUAGGUGGUGUGCGACUUCAAUCUCAGGUUCAGAAAUGAUACUGCCGGUGGUGAAGCUAGGCACCCUCGCCCUCAAAACCAUGUGCAAACCCAUUGCCGCUCGCCUUAAGAAAGAUGCUGGCUUGCACCCCAAGUUUCGCCAGUUCAUCAUCAACAUUGCCCAGGCAAAUCAUCAAUUCACAACAACUAUGCAAAGACGCAUCUAUGGUCAUGCAACCAAUGUUGAAAUUCGCCCUUUGAAUGAAGAGAAAGCUGUCCAAGCUGCUGCAGAUCUUGUUGGGGAACUUUUUGUGUUCACGGUUGCUGGAGCAGCUGUUAUCUUUGAGGUACAAAGAAGUUCUAGAUCCGAGGCUAGAAAGGAGGAAUUGCGCAAACAGGAACUACAGGCAUUGAAGCAAAGAGAUGAAGAUCUAGUUAGAGAAGUUGAACAACUUAAACACAAACUUGAAGAGCUGGAGCAACUUGCCAAAGGACAAGGACUCAGCGGUCUUUUCAACUUCAAGCAUGCUCAUGUGACUGAAGAUGGAAAAGCAUUACCCAAUUGAUACAGAAAAAGUCAAAUACAACAUGAAGUAUACUAAAAAAAGUGACAUUAAGAGAACCAAGUAUUCGAAUAAAGGCUUGGGGUAAAUUUUCGAGCAACAUGUAAUGGUCAGAGGCUCAUAAUUUUUCAGAGUUUUAAUAGAACCCCUUCACAGCACAAGAUUACAUUUUGCAAUUUUUUAUAUUAUACUCAAAUUUAGAUCUUUAUGCUAGAAAGCAGUGUACAGUGUGGUUCUUAUGUAAAUAUAUUCAGUUUCUGCUAUAUAAGCUCAAAUCUGGAUUGCUCAUGUGAAUGGGAAAACUUAUUUUGAGUUUCA